UACACUUAUGUCAUUGCAGCGACGUAAAAUUAGUUUUACCCCCACAAAUUGGAGUUCACACUUUAAGCCUGUUUUUAUUUUCUAUAGCCUAGCCAAGUAGCAGCCAUAAAAAUAGCAUAACUUUUGUUAAACCGCUUCAACAUGAGCCACAAUCCCAAUGCGAGCAGCAAUUUGGGCAACAAGGUCAUCACUGUGGUUGCCACCGCAGGCUACGGUCCGGAUACCAUGACCGAGAUCAGCUACACGGACAGCAAGGUGGUCGGCAAUGGCAGCUUCGGUGUGGUCUACCAGGCCAAGCUGGUGCCCUCCAAUGAUUUGGUGGCCAUCAAAAAGGUGUUGCAGGAUCGUCGCUUCAAAAACCGCGAGCUCCAAAUCAUGCGCAAGCUCAACCAUUGCAAUAUUGUGGCCCUCAAGUACUUCUUCUACUCCAGCGGCGACAAGCGCGACGAUGUGUUCCUCAAUCUGGUCAUGGAGUAUCUGCCCGAGACGCUCUACAAGGUGGAGCGUCAAUACGCGCGCGCCAAGCAGACGCUGCCCGUCAACUUCAUACGCCUCUACAUGUACCAACUCUUCCGAAGCAUGGCCUACAUGCAUAGCUUUGGCUACUGCCAUCGGGACAUCAAGCCGCAGAACAUGCUAAUCGAUGCCGAGUCGGGCAUCUUCAAGCUGUGCGACUUCGGCAGCGCCAAGCAGCUGAUCAGCAGCGAGCCCAAUGUGUCCUACAUCUGCUCCAGAUACUAUCGCUCGCCGGAGCUCAUCUUUGGCUCCACCAACUACUCGACAAAGAUUGACUUGUGGAGCGCGGGCUGCGUGGUGGCGGAGCUGCUGCUGGGACAGCUCAUCUUUCCCGGCGACUCGGGCGUGGAUCAGAUUGUUGAGAUAGUCAAAGUCAUGGGCACACCCACGGCGGAGCAGCUGCACGACAUGAACCCGAACUACAAGCAGCUGAAGCUGCCGCAGCUUAAGCCGCAUCCCUGGCCCAAGGUAUUCCGCAUACGCACGCCACCAGAGGCCAUUGAUCUGGUUUCCAAGCUGCUUGUCUACUCACCCAACGAGCGGCUGACGCCCACGCAGGCCUGUGCGCAUCCGUUCUUCGAUGAACUCCGCCAGGAUCCAGGACAGCAGCUGCCCAAUGGACGACCGCUGCCGCCGCUCUUUGAUUUCACCGACUACGAGCACACGAUAGAACCCAAGACCUUUCCACUCCUCCAGCCCAGACGGGAGCCAGAGCGCAUUGAGAAAACCAACGCCCAAGCCAGCCAUCGACGCAGCGCUGGUGCGGAUUGCACUCCCAAGCUGUCGCCUGGCCUGCGACCGACCAACAAAUCGCUGCCAGCUGCGCGCAAGGAGGACACGGUGGUGCGUGUGGAGCGCGCCUUGGCGGCGCAAACUGCGCAGCGCCAUGAGCUGGGCAAUGGCGACCAUACGGAGGGGGAGUGCUACCAGGAUGCGUCGCCGGACAGCGAACUGUGCGAGGACGAGUCCACGGAGGACGCUGUCGACGAGCAGCCCAUUGAGGGGCAGUACAAUAGCGCAGACACGCCCACGACCAGCGAUGAGCUGGAGGAGCAGCUCACAGACUCGGAAGACAUCGAUGGCGAUGAGCCUGAUGCCGAAAAUGAAAAGAUUAUGUUAUGAUUAUUUAGUAAUUUCAACAGCCGCCCGUAAUUAAUGAAAGUAAUUAAAAUUAGACGUACCCACAACA